GAAAGUAAAUCUGUAUACGGUCGAAUUUAUUUCUAUUUCAUUUUUCUUGAUGAUCUGACGACGCAGUAAAUAUAUAACAGCAUCCAAACGAACAGCACCAAAUUCUCAACCACGUAUUCAACAGCAUAGAAAAUGCACACUUUAUAAAACAGCUGAACAGAUAAAUGAAAAGAAAUUAAAGACAAUUCAUCUCAAGAACAUUUGAUAUAGAAAUCCCUUAUUCUUUGCAAAAGACCUUUAUAAAGGAAAAAUCACCAAUUCUCAAGGCUAACCAAUUCUUUCCAUCUCCAACCAUGCUUCUUCUUCCGUAUUGGAGUAUUUUCCUCAUUAUUUCCCCCCAUUUCAUUGGUACCCACGCGGCCACAAAGUGGAAUAUAGUCCUUUGUUCUCGUGACGAACACAACUUUGUUCGCAUUUCUUUGGACAAGAUUAAAUAUGUAAACCUAACAGGUGGAAACGGUCAAAAGUGUUUCAACACUGAAUUUGAAUUAGACGAUGCAACAAAGCCAAGUUAUUUAGAAUUUAAAUUAGACGUUGCAACAAGGCCAAGCUUAAUGCUCCUUGAAAAGGAUAAAGUCUUACAGGACUUUCUUCCAUUAUACGAUGCCGCAGCUCCAUUAAUGAACCAAUUGGCGACAGUAUUAACUGAGAAUAUAAAUUACGCACUUGUUCAAAAUCGCAAUCUUCAAGAAAUGUAUUAUGGUUACUACAAAUGGAAUUCUUAUAAUCAGACAAAGACAGGAUUGGAGAAAAUGGAUCGCUGGACUUUUGAAGUUACACGUAGCGACAUAAAUGACGAUUUUAAAAGUUCUUAUCGUGCUGCACCUCAUUAUUACGCCAAUUUUACGUUUAGCAAAUAUUCUAGAACUUCAAAUGCAUCGUUCUUUCUUUCAUUGCAUUGGAAUGAACUCAAUUGGAUAGCUUUUUUCACUGAAGGGGAAUUUGGGUUGGAGAAAAAGGUAAAAGUGCAGAAUAUGGCAAAUAACAAAAUAUAUUCCUGUAUGUAUACAUAUGGAAUAGAGCCUCCAGGUCCUGCCCAUAUUUGUGUCUGGAGAAAUGAUUCCACAUGGAAUAUAGAAAUGACCUAUCAAUCCAAAUAUGUAAACGAUUACGAAACAAUAAUUUUUACUCUUAGAGUGACUGGCGGUGAAAGGAACUCUUCAGUAAUUGUAUCACUCGAAGAGUCGGCUUACGUCUCCGCUUUCACUAAUUUUUUCGAUAUUCCAAACGAGAACAUCAAUGAGAUUGAAAUAGAAUUCAAUGGCACUAAAAAACCUUUUGACAUGACCAAAGUUGUCAUGACAAAGAUGCUUACGGGAGAAGAAUAUGGUUGUGUUGACAUACAUUGGACAAAUUCAAUGAAAUGUUCUUGUAAAGUUAAAAAAGGCAAGAAAUGGCUGUUGAAAGUUAUUUCUCCUGAGGUACAUGAACGAACUUUCUCCGUAGAAUUAAUCCAAGACACGUUAUCAUCUUUCACUAAUCAUUUGACAUGGAAGAAUUUCGGUAUGUAUGGAGAUGAGUUCAUCAAAUAUUUUAACCUGAAGACCUAUGAAGACAAAGAAAUCACAAGCAUAAAUCUCCAUUUUAAGAAUGAAUCUCUGAAAAUCAAUGAAAUAAGUAUGAUCAGCAAUUACACAGAGUAUAAAUUCAAUAGAAACGAAGACAGCAGCACUCACAAUUCCUCGGUGGCAGGAUUCUCUCGAAUAACAAAAGAGAAAUUUAAUUCUAAUGAAACAAUUCUCGUCCUGAAAAUAGAUACCUGAUCCUCAGACAAAACGCAAGUAAAAAUUCUAUAUCGGUAUGCAAUGUCCCUGCUGAAGAUAAUAAGUGUUGCUCCAUGCAAGACACCAAUUCAAGUUAUAUCCACAAACCUGGACAAGAAUUCUGCUUCCAAAAGCAAAACUACGAAGAUUGUUAUGAACACAUAGAUUCAAAUCCAUUAAUCAACAGCAUCUGGAGAAGAUAGUAGUGUUGUUUAUGUCAUACAAUAGAUGGAAAAAAGACACACCUCCUCAGCCUCUCUUGUGAACCUGUAUUGAACAACCUUACGCACAAUCUAUCAAAUAUAAACGCAUAUAAAAUGUCAAUCUUUUCUCUUCUGCUUGUUUCAGUCGUUAGA